UGCCGAAGGCAUCAUGUAACGUCUGUCCGUUCAACUCAGAGCUCCUCCUCGGUUUUUUAGCCAGUCGGUUAACUCUGCGGGAUUUCACUCACAGAGAUGGGGCCGUGUUGCCGAGGCGACGUGCUCAGUGUGUAACUCGAACAUCAGCCUUCAGAGUGCUUGCUCAAUUGAUUUGCAGAGCAGUCGUGCUUGCUCCCUCUCUAAUCAAGCGAGCUACCUCGCAUCACAUGAUUCGACUGUCGUGGUGCACGCUUGCGGUGGCAUUGCUGGCCACGGCAGCGGCAUCAGGAGGCCGGGAUGGCAACCAAGAGCGAUUGACGGGCAAGUUUGACAAGGCUGCCUGUCCAGACUAUGCCACUUAUUCCACCUACCCACACCCACCUCUCAGCAACGGGCCCCUCAAGCUCCCAUUCCAGCGCCCCGAUCCGCGCUGCCGGACCUUUCACUCGGACGCCAUCGAGAAGGUCAUCGCCGACAUCACCUCGCGGAUGAAAGACGCUGAUCUUGCCCGGCUGUUUGAGAACGCCUUCCCGUCCACUACCGACACGACAGUCAAGUUCCACACGGACGGAAAGGACGAGAAGAUCAAGCAGAGGCUGCGCAGCCGGAGGGAAAAGGACGCUUGGCUCGAUGAGGGCGAGUGGGAGGGGCCCCAAUCCUUCAUCAUCACGGGAGACAUCCUAGCCGAGUGGUUGCGGGACAGCACGAACCAACUGAAGCCCUACCAACCACUAGCCACGAAGGACAAGGCCAUCUUCAACCUGAUUCUAGGCGCCAUCAACACCCAGAGCGAAUACGUAAUCUCAUCGCCCUACUGUAACGCCUUCCAACCACCCCCUGUCUCAGGACUGCCCAUCAGCUACAACGGGCAGGACGACGCUGUGCACCCAAUCUACGAGCCCAACGUCGUUUUCGAAUGCAAAUACGAGCUCGACUCACUCGCCCACUUCCUCGCGCUGGCCAACGACUUCCACCACCACACGGGCAGCACACAGUUUCUCACGCCGCGCUGGUACAAGGCCGUCCACACUCUCUUAUCCGUCCUCGACGCCCAAAGCCAAAGCACCUUCGAGCCGGAGACGGGCUCCUACCAGCAGAACGCCUACACCUUCCAGCGCCGCACCAACACGGGCACCGAGACGCUCAACCUGGGCGGCAUCGGCAACCCGCUGAACAACGGCACGGGCCUGGUGCGCUCCGCGUUCCGUCCCAGCGACGACGCCACCAUCUUCGGCUUCUUCAUCCCCGCCAACGCGCAAAUGGCCGUCGAGCUCAACCGCACCGCGUCCAUCAUCAAGCAGGCCAAGUCCUCGGCCAACGACGCCGAGCUUGCCCAGACGCUGUCGGACUGGAGCGCGCGCAUCGCGCGCGGGAUCUGGGAGCACGGCGUGGUGCGCCACCGCACGCACGGUGACGUGUUCGCGUACGAGGUGGAUGGAUACGGAAGUAUGCUGCUCAUGGACGACGCCAACUAUCCGAGCCUGCUGGCCCUGCCGCUGAUGGGGUUUGUGGAUACCGGGGACGAGACGUAUCGGAAUACGAGGCGGAUGUUGUUGGACAAGGCGGGGAAUCCGUACUUUUUGACGGGGAAGGAGUUUAAGGGAGUUGGAGGACCGCACAUCGGCCUGCAGAAUGCGUGGCCGAUGAGCCUGCUGGUGCAGGCGCAGACGUCGGAUGACGACGAGGAGAUCAUGGAGUGCCUGCGGCUGGUGCUCAACUCGAGCAAGCUGGGGCUGAUACACGAGAGCGUAAACGUAGAUUAUGCCCAAUCAUACACCCGGAGCUGGUUUGCUUGGGCCAACGGGGUGUUUGCUGAGACGAUAUUCAACCUGGCAAAACGCAAACCGCAUUUGAUUUUCAAGGAUUCCAGGCCGUAUGAGUUGUAACCAUAUUUUGACACCGUUGGUGUCUAAGUCAAAGCUGGGCUUGAUGGGACGUGCCUCCUUGUUUUAUAUACCCCUAUGCUGUAUCACCAACAGCUAUUCGGUCUCUUGCUUUCGCCUCUGUCGAUCAAUGAUGUGGAGAGACACCGCUAGCCACAGUUUGUGCCGUUUUAUACUCGAUUUUGAAACUUUCAGUUUAAAUUACUCUCCAUUCUCCCACGGGUCUGCGGCCUCUCGUUGACUGGAGAGUAGAGACCUAACACAUACCAGCAUA